GCGGACGCACGCUCGCGAUACCAUGCUGCACUUGUAAACAAAAUGACGAUCGCCAUUCAAAUAUUCGUGUGUGUUUUGUUUUUCGCAAGCUUCGUCUGUGGUGAGAUUUUAACGGAAAAUGCCGCGGGACUGUUCAAAUCGAACGCGCGUUCGAAAACUAAAAACCUACGUGCGCGUGCCCAAGUUUUUGAUGACUUUUUCAAUGUGUAUGACCCCACGUUUUUGGCUGUCGUCUGGCCGAAGCUGAAGAAUGGAGUGCAUUUGAAUAUUGAGCCGCAGUGCUGGGACCAUCUGAGCAGGUUUUACAAGGACUUGCUCGAUGGGAAACCGUGGGCUUACACUGUGGUGGACUCAUCAGGGCGCUAUGAAGCGGGUGUAUUUGAAGGAAAUAGAUUCUGGACUGGAUCUAAACACGAGUGUUUUAACUUAGAUAAGACUUAUUCAAAAGACAAAAAUCAAUCUUCUCAAACGUUACGCGAUAAGGAAAUUCCACAAAGUGUUUUUCGUAAAGAAAAGUAUUUUGAUUCCAGCCCAGAAGGUGACUGGCACAACGCAGCACAAACCAAUGAAGUAACAGAGCAACUGAAAGUAAAUUCGAUCUCCCCAUUUUCACUAUCGUUUAGUGCUGUCAAAGUGGCCCUCAACAUUACCAAACUUGCCAUGGUGAAGUCAUACGAUAUAACUAUGGGGAUGUGUUUUCCAAAGACCUGCAGGUCAACUGAUAUCCAGGCAAUUUUUGAUUUCUCAAUAAUGGUCACUGACCAUUUGAGGAACAACAAGACAGUGCCACGGUCAGUGCAGGUCACAUCGGUACGAACUGUUGAAGAAAUCUAUGAUGUACAGGAUGAUGCCGUAGCUUUGGUCCUGAUAUUUUUCACGAUCUCAUUGAUUGUUGUAGCUCUAAUAGCUACCGCUGUUGAUUACGAACUAAUUCGAUUAAGAUCAAAACAGUUUCGCACAAUGAGCUUCGACAUACAAAAGAUAGAUCCAAACUCACCAUUAAGAGCUACCGAAGCAAAUAAUUCAUACAACAACACAAUCGAAGUACACAAAAAACGCCCGUACAAAGUGCCCGAAGUUGUAAUGCCGAAGAAAGAAAACGAAACGCUAACAAUAAAUAACAUUAACAAUUCGAAUUUAAACCUCGUGACAGUGAAGAAGCUGAUGAAAAUUGAUAAGAAGGCUCCCGCAGCUACGGUAGACGUAGCAGCAGCGGAUGAUAUGAAUCAGCACAGCUGCAUCCGAUGCGGCAAGUACAGGAAACAGUGCGGAGUGUCUCCGAGGAAACUGGACAAUCUGCCGGCCUGCCCACGCAUGAAGUACAACAACUCAUUCGGCAGCCUGAGCACAGAACCCAUGAUCAAAUGCAAACGAAACGACUUCUUUAAAACAAUCCUCCAGUGCUUCUCCCUCCGGUACAGCUGGAGAAGAAUUUGCAAUCGAAACCUGACCAACAGGAACUUGUCAGCGAUACACGGGUUGAAAGUGAUUUCCACUUUCUGGAUGAUCUUUGUACAUGUUACUUUAACUGUGUUUUACGUUUCAGAGAAUGGAGAUGAUGUCAAUAAACGAAGCACAACUUACAAUAUUCUUGCCACGGGCACGCUUGCUUUCGAUACUCUGUUUUUUGUCAGUGGCAUCCUCAGUUCAUACCAUUUCUUCUAUCUCAAGAGCCGGUACACUAUUGAAGAGUUGGUCAGUUUUGGAGGCAGAUUUGGGCACAUCCUACAAUUUAUUUGCUUUGUUUCCAACAGAGCAGUCAGGUUGCUGCCACCGUACGCGUACACGAUAUUCCUUGGCUCGGUGCUAGCGCGGGUGUCCCACCGGACCUCGCUGUUCGACCUGCCCGAUGGGGACCACACCACUUGUGACCGCUACUGGUGGAGGAAUCUGCUGUACAUCAACAACUUUUACAAAGAGGAGGAGCAGUGCCUUCAAAUAUCCUGGUUCCUCUCCCUGGAGACUCAGCUGCAUGCACUGGGCACGUUGCUCCUGUGCUUCGCUCCGGGCCGCGGCUGCGCAGGCGCACUGGCCAUCUGCGUCGCCAUGGCAACCGUUGCUGCUGACGUCAUCGCCGCGUGGCGGGAUCGGAUGCUUGUCUGGACCGGAUCGUAUGAUGCGUACGCCACCCUGGUGGAGAGACCCUGGGCGAGGGUCACCCCAUACUUCAUCGGGGUCAUGACUGGCUGGCUGGUCAAUAAGUUGGAGGGGAAACUAAUGAUUUCUAGGUUCAAGUCAACCUGUCUCUGGACGAUAUCGCUCAUCAUCUUCCCUGCAGUCCUCGCCCGUCCGUUCUUCGCGUUCCACCUGGGAGUGUUCGACGGAGCCCUGUCGGCCGUCGCGCACGGGCUGUGGACCGCCGCCCUGACCUGGCCGGUGCUGGUGCUGACUAGCAAAUGCUCUAAAUUCUCCCGUCGCCUCUUCGACAACAGCCCGGUGGCAGCGCUCAGCCGCCUCAGCUACUGCAUGCUGCUGCUAAACGGCAUCCUCGCGAGGCACCUGCUGCUGUCCGUCGAGAGUGCUGUCUCUAUGGAUGCCACCUCUUUGUGGUCGUACUACACCGGCACGACGGUGCUCACGAUAGCUGGCUCCUUCCUGCUCUCCCUGUUGGUGGAGACCCCCUGCUGCAGCCUCCUGCGCCGGCUCUCCGACUGCGCUAAUGUUAAUACUUAA